AUGUCUCCUUCAAUUCUCGUAAUCGGUGCCACAGGCAAUACCGGCAAGAGUGUCGUCCGCCAUAUUCCCAAGCUCCUCGAGUCUGGCAAGAAUGGCACCUACCGUGUCAUCGGCCUGACUCGCUCCCUCUCCAGCCCCGUCUCCCAAAAGCUCGCUAAGCUCCCACACGUCGAGAUGCUCGAGAAGGACUGGACUACCAUCGACUCCGCUUGGCUUCGUAGUCAAGAGGUCACCCGCGUCUACAUCGCCCCGCACAACCUGCCACAUCAGUUCGUUGAAGAGUCCGCCCUCCACGUCGCUCUGUUGCACGCCGGGGUGAAGUAUGUCGUCCGGGUCUCGACCAACGUUGAAUACAUCGGACCUACAAACCCUGUGUUUUACGGCCGCUCUCACUGGGCAAUCGAGAACCUGCUCAGCCAACCGGAGUUCGAGGCCCUACAGUGGACGUCGCUUCAGCCUAACUUCUUCACGGCAAGCUAUCUCGCCUCCGCAGCGAAUUGGGUUAGAUCAUACCAAAAGACCGGCAAGCAGGAAACUUUGCAAAUAGCUCCUGCUUCCGAUGCGGCUGUUGCAAUGAUCGACCCCGAGGACGUUGGCAGCGUCGGCGCGCACCUCCUUGCUCUUGAGGACCCCACUCCACACAACCAGGCCAGAUAUUUCCUUAGCGGACCCGAAGAUGUCACUGGAAGCCUAAUCGUCGAGUUGGUCGAGCAAGUGGCAGGGACCAAGGUGGGAAGCGUGGAAUUCAAAGCUACGGGCUGGCUCGAUGAUUUGGUGGCGGCAGGCGUAUUCUUUGAGAAGGUCCUGCCGUCGAUUAUGGCUGGGUUUGAGCCACUCUGGGAGGAGAGAUGUUCGCUCGCUAACACGCCGACGAGCACGGAGGUCUUGAGAUUGGCGCCGCCGAAGCGGACCAUUGUGGACGCGUUCAAGGCUAUGCUGGAGGAGUAG